CCGUUCGGAUAGUCCUCGAGCACUGAGCAAAGCGUGCCCAGUGAAACGCAAGUCGACGAAGAGACAAGAUUGAAAUUGAAAGUGAAGUAAUCCAAGUAUACGGUGCUCGCAACUUGUUCGCGAAUCCUCGGAUUCAUGUCUUAAAAUUUUAAAUUAAUGAAAAAUUGCGCGACACGCGUGACUUCGUCGUGAUAAUAAAAUUUCUCCGAAUAAUUUGCUUGCUUUUUUCUUUUAAUUGAACAUAAAGUUGCUAAUUUUCUAGGAAUCAUAAAUCGUCAAAGGAAAGAUCGCCGUGUGUGUUCGUGUCUUAAUAUUUUCAAAAGAAAAGAUAAGUGAAUAUUCCCUCUUCGAUCAUGGAAUCCACUACGGAAACCGUUAACGACGUUAGGAUCUCCGAGGAAAUUGAUACCGGCAUGGCGAACGGUUUUCACGAGAAAGUGGCUAACGGAAAUGCGUCCGCGGACAAUUUACUGGAGACGAUCGCCGAUGAAUUGCGAAACAGUAUGCAGGAAAUGAAGGAAAACGUUUUGGGACAAGUUAACGAUCGCAUUAACGACAUGAUAGCCGAGGUUCUACAAGAAUUAGAGACAUCUCUAUCGAAGAGAGAACUAUCGUCUAACACGGACAAAUAUCGCGACAAAAGACAAUCCAGCAAGAAAGGCAUACUCCCGGACAAGGAGUUCCUCCCGAGGAACUCGCUGUUCACCAAUCUCUUCAAGAUCACGCAUAUUCGCACCGUUUAUAAUGUAUUCAUGGUAACUUUCAUACUGCUCUGCCUCAACACUAUCUGGUACGAUAUCAUGGAAUCCGGAACGCUGGUGCUCGGUACCGAAACGAUACGGAAAGCUUUCGCAAAAUUUCCAGCCUGUCUCUACAUUUGGUCACUCAUGCAAAUCUCAACGCUCGGUGUCUACGUGCCUUUCAAUCUCUGGUCCAAUCAACGACUCCAGUUUUCACCAAAAUCGCUCGUCCGGAAAUUGUGGGAUUAUGGCUGGCUGACAACCUUUAUACUAUAUCAAGUUCUCUUCCUAAUUUUUCCCAUCAGGGCGAUGCUUAGCGAGGAUCUAGGCAUAGCUAGCAGCUUAAUUAUACUUUUGGAACAAAUGCGCCUAACGAUGAAGAGUUAUGCUUUCGUUAGAAGUGUGGCGCCCAGGUUCAUAUCGUACAAGCCUCAUAGCGAUCUUUCGCAACCGAGUGGCCCCGGAUUCUCGCAAUACUUAUACUUCCUGUUCGCGCCGACUCUCAUAUAUCGCGAUAAGUACCCAAGAACGGACAAGAUUAGAUGGAUGGUGGUGAUUAAAAAUCUCACGGAGGUCGUCCUGGUGAUUUUUUUUCUCGCCCUCAUCAUGGAGCGCUUGGUGGCGCCGAACUUUAACAUUUUCGGUACGCGAUAUAUGGACCUAAAGUGGAUCAUCAAGAGUAUCAUCGACGCAAGCAUUCCCGGGAUCCUCUUCUUCAUCUCUGGAAACUAUCUUCUGCUGCACGCGUGGUUGAACGCCUGGGCAGAGAUGCUGCGAUUCGCCGACCGAUUGUUUUAUGAGGAUUGGUGGAAUUCCACGUGCUACCGCACAUAUUAUCGCACGUGGAACGUCGUGGUGCACGACUGGCUCUACGUGUACAUCUACAAGGACAUGUACGAGAUUGUGGUGCCGGGCAACAAGCCAUUGGCGACACUCGGCGUGUUCUUCGUAUCCGCCGUCUUUCAUGAGUACGUCCUCGCGUUCGCGUUCCGCUUCUUCUACCCGGUGAUGUUCGUCCUGUUUGGUGGCUUGGGCUUCUCUCUGCUCUUUCUUGGCAGAAUCGCCACCAGCAACAUCUUUAUGUGGUUUUCCUUCUGCUUGGGCAACGGUCUCAUGUUCAGCUCAUACACGAUGGAGUACUACGCCCGGCGCAACUGUUCAUCUUACAGCAAUUACUAUAUGGAUCUGCUCAUACCGCGAAGCUUGAACUGUCAGACGCAAUUUCUCGCGUAGAGCGUCUCGCUUCGCCUUUUAACGGUGAUUUAUUUUCUGUGCUCCACUAUCAAAGAGACUAUUAGUGAUCAGACAAUCUUGAACUUUAAAAUUCCUUGGUAUAAAAUUCAAUCUUUUUUGUACACUAAUAUCCUCCACAAAUUUAUUAUAAUAAAGUCGUACACAUAUAGUCGAUAUAUAUGCCAA